AUGACGUGAACACAAUCUGUUUUGCUUUUACCGUUAGGCUUUAAGUUUUUCAUGUUUUUAUUUCUUAAUAUGUUUAGUUGAACAGUGAGAUACAUUUUGGGAUAUCGACAUCAAUUUUCUUAUGAUUGCUGUACUUCAUGUUAAAAGAGUAAUUUGGGUGAGUAGUUAUCCAAAUAUAGUUAUGAAGUGACAUGCCGAGCCUCACAGCAACAUUUGUUUUAUAAUUAUGCAUGCCGUUAAUAACCUCAUUUUACUUGACAUAUAAUUUUAUACUUUUAAAAUUCUAUUUGUCUGACCACAGGGUCAUUUAAAAAGAACAAAAAAACAUGAUAGAUAUAUGAGCUGCGAUAUAUUCUUUCUUUUAUUAAUAUAUUAGAUAUAAUCUAUUAAUUUCUGGUUAUUGAAAAGCAACUAUUGAUAACAUUCAGUAAAUUUCUCUGUACGAAACCACAGCAUGUCUCGCAUUUGUAAGAAGAAACCUGCUGUGUGCACAGAUGAGCCACUUUCCAACAGUACCAUCUGCCAAAAGAUGGCUCUGUUGAGAAAUAUAUUCUGUACUGCCUACGGACCUACUGGCAGACUGAAACAAAUACACAACCAUAUUGGAGGCCAUGUCUUGACGACGUCAACCUCUUCAGCCCUGCUCAAACGAGUGGAUAUGUCUGAGCCGCUUCUCAAAAUGAUCUCAACUGCUGUUCAACAUCACACUGCACGGUACAGUGACUCUGGGCUGUUUAUGGGGAUUUUGAUGCUCAGACUUAUCGAAAAUACUCAAAAAUAUAACCUCAGGACAGCUGCAGCAGCCAAGGUAUACAAACACAUUGUGGAAGAAUGCAAUGUGUAUCUUAAAGGAGACUCUUGUGGUUGCAAGGUGCCAGUAGACUUCAGCAGAUGUGAUUCAUUCAUUGCACUGGCCCGCAGCAUGAUCGCCAGCAAACCAGCCUGUAUGUUGAAUAGCAAGGAAGCACAGCAUAUCAGUUCACUGAUCGCGCAGGCCUUCUUGUAUUCCAUCCCUUGCAACUCUUCCGGUGUGACCUGCUUUGGCAGGACAGUCACCAUCGGCAUCGAGGGCCUGUCUGUGAGUGAUUCUUCUAUUUUCCCAGGACUGCUGGUGGAUGUCCCUGAGUUAAUGGAUCUUAAGAGACUGGGAUCUGGUCCAUUUAAGGCAGUGGUUUUCAAUGUGUCAUUGUCAGGCGAUAUCUCUGAGUUUGAGGAUGUGGUUUUGGAGAUCCAUAGGGGAGUGGACCCAGAGCGUGAUCUCCUUCUGCUGCUCCUGAAACUUGGGGAACAAGUUGUUAAGGACAAAGUGAGAUUAUUUGCAUGCCAAAAAGUAGUACAUCCUAUUCUGCAACACUACUUGAGGAAACACGGAGUGAUCGUCAUAGAGAGGCUUGGACUAGCUCUGAUCGAACCAUUUGUCCAAAUAACAGGUGCUCAGGCUGUUGCUUCUCUUUACUCUUCAGUCCCGGCGGAAGCUUACGGGAUUGUUAAAGGACUCUGUUUCCAGUCAUGUGGAUCCAGAGAGCUGCUCCAGCUCCUUCCUUCUAAAGAUGCUGCUGUUAGCACAAUGGUUCUCUGCCACAGAAAUGAAACCAUGCUGGAAGAACUGAAGAUGACAUGCCAAAGAGCAGAACAUGUGUUGCGACUGACUCUGAGGGAGCCCUACGCCCUGCUAGGAGGAGGCUGCACAGAGACGCUGCUGGCCACCCACAUCACACACAUGAAUCAAUCCAAAGCCGCAACAAUAGCUGCAGCUCUGUGCAUCUCUCAGUCUGAGUUCCUCAUGGCAAUCAAGGCGUUCUGCAGCUCUCUGCAAUCCGUGGCUCUUUCCUUAGAGCAUGAUGGACAGGACUGUCUCAUUGACUUGACAUAUGCUCAUCGCUGGGUGUCAGAUACAUACUCCAAAACCUGUGGCUGUGGCCUGGUGGAGGACAGAUCCGACCUGGAGAAGACCCUUCUAAAUACAGCUUGCCACACUUUCUCUCCUGUUUCCCUGGAACACACUGACAAUCAGCCAAGAAUAUUAGAUUCAUUUUCUGCCAAGCUCAAUGCUUUGAAUGUGGCCGUCGAGAUGGCUAAUUUUGUUCUUGAUGUAAAAUAUAUAAUUAAGGAUAUCAAUUAAAUUGUGAUGAAUGAAGAGCUGUGCUUUGAAUAAAGGGUGUAGGUUUGAUGUAUUUUAUAAUCAAA